AUGUUCGAAACACCAUUACUCGGGAAGUUGUUUUCAACAUCCAGUCAUAUAUAUCAUUUGGGUGACAUUGUCGAUUGCUUGCAUUGGAAUGUUUCCGUUGCUGUCUUCAUUUUAUGCGCUCUGUUUGUUGGCGCUAAACAACAGUUCGGGCAACCAAUACAAUGUAUGCUUCCGACACACCUCGACAAACUUCCUUGGAUCGAUUAUGGCCAGUAUUAUUGUUUCAUUCAGAAUACUUAUCGUUUAACAUACAAUAAAACAUUACCAAGCGCAAGUAGUGGAGCAGAAAAUCGUUCAGAUGCUGCUGUAAAUUAUUGUCAGUGGGUACCAUUUUUCCUAACAAUCCAAGCAUUAUGCUUCUAUAUUCCUGGCUGGUUAUGGAGAACGUUACAAGGUCAAAGAACUCUUGACAUGGAAGCUGCUAUUCGUGAAGCUAUAUCCUUGAAAAAAACAUUCGAAUUUGAAGAUCGAAAAUUGUGCAAGUAUCCAUUCGACAGAGUGAAUGGCAUAUCAAUAGCACUUUAUCUUGUUUCGAAGUUCUUAAAUGUCGUAAAUGAUAUAGUGCAGCUCUACAUCAUUGGCCGAUUUAUUGGUUCCAAUAAUUUUUCGUGGUUUCUCACUAAAAUGCCAUUCACGUCAUCAUAUUUUCCAUUAAUAACAUUCUGCGAUAUGGAACGACAAACUUUAGGAAAAAUGGAAAUAAAUACGUUGCAAUGUGUUUUGAUGCUUAAUUUCAUCAAUGAAAAAAUUUUCCUCAUGCUCUGCUUAGCACAUUUUUGCUUGUUAAAAUUUGAUGAGGACAAUUCCUCAAAUGGACCUCAUAUGAUGCAUGAGGAAGGUGAAUUGAAUGAGGACGACUGUUUCUUGUUGAAAGAUAAGAGGCGUCUGCAUAUUUAUGCUAUGGAGUUUCUUGGCUUGGAUGGAGCGCUGCUAUUGCGUUUCAUUGACGAUCAUGUGGGCGUUAUUGUGACACAUGAUAUCACAAUCGGUUUAUGGCAGCAUUUCUGUCGUUUCUACGGGGAUUCCAAUUUCUACACAUUUCGUGGGAUUGUUACAAGCGUCAAGAGAUCUGAAAUUGCAUGUUCAUACUCGUCACCAUUAUCUUCUACAGCUUUCCUUAGCAGAAUAGAUUAA